AUGGAGCAGACCGCGCGAGGCCUGGUCCCGUUGCAGGAGUCGUUUGGUCGUUUAGAUGAUGCGUUCUUCCUCAUGCGCGGAGCCUCAUGCAUAAAGAUAAGCAGAACUGGAUUUUUCAUGCGGUUUGGGCACGCGGUAGCAGCAUUGCUGCUAACUCUUCUGUUGGUAGCAAACGCCGAGGAAGCUAUGGAGUUUUCUCCUGUCUUCCCUAUACCACACCGACCAGAAAUCAUCCCUUGUUUUCCGAGUAAAGACUGCAGUACAGUUCGAUGCAGGGGCAUACUGCCCGAAGACUGCCCGAGCGGUCGUACGAUUCGCUGCGGGUGUUGUGACGUCUGCCUGGUGGAACUCGAGUGCGGCGAGCAGUGCCGAUUCUUCGUGCCGAACAACGCGCGAUGUGGACCUGGCCUGCGGUGCGGGUCCUACGGGCAAUGCGAGUACAAGCCUGGCUUCCAUCCCGGCGUCCCUGCCCCCGGUUUGUAG